UCCAGGGUGGAUGCACAGCUGAUGUGGGGCGGUCCCUCCAAUCAGCUGUGGCUCUGACUCUGUCGUACGAUAUUCUCGCGUGUUCUGCUCACGGUGGCUUGUUUUCAUCAUCCCCACAGCAGCCCCGAGCUCUCAGUCGGUGGGCGAGGGAGGUGCGCACGUAAGAAAAUGGACUGCGCACAUUCCUCGCGGGCUCUCGUAUCGACCGACCUGACGGCGUCCUCUUCCUAAAGAUGCUCGACGCGGAGGCUGCAGGAAGGAGCUGUUUUGCCAGAGGAGCGCGGUGCCGUGCGUCGUGGUGGUUCGGCAUUAUUUCCACGCAGCUGUCCAGCGUCCGAUCCAACGGCGUCACAUGCAGCCGAAAGGCGCUUUAACGCUUCAGAAAAAAUGUCUUUGGGCGCCCGCCGCAGCCGACAGGGUUUGGACCAGCACCGGAGGCCAGCAUGCCCGGAUCAGAGGACGUUUUUAUAACGCUUGCGAAUCGUUUUUAUUAGAUUUUGGCACUUAACAUACAUUUAAAGACUCGGUCAUGGGGGAUGAGGGCAGCCUGUCUCGGCAGAUAGGGAGUGUGGAGAGGAGCGUGGUGUUCCUCAGGCAGGAGCACCUCACUUUACUCCACGGCCUCCACCUGGAGAUCCUCUCCCUGCAGAAACGAUGCUCAGAGCUGACAAGCGAGCUGAAAGUGAAGCCUCCAGGCAGGAGCCAAAUAGAGUUACAGGAGGAAGAGGAGCUCCUGGAGGCCAGCUGUCAGCACUUGGAAAACCGUCUGGCUGAGCGGGAGUGCACCUUAGGAGAGCUCCGCAAGGAGCUGAGUCACAAAGGGGCUUUGGUGGGAGCCCUCAGAGCCAAUCUCAAGGAAAAGGAGCGCCAUUUCCUGGAGGAGCUCAAACGCCGCAGCCACUGUUCCACCAUCCUCAACACAGAGCUGCAGAAACAAACCGAGGCAGCAGCAUACCUCUCCUUCCAGCUGCAUGCUGCUAGGCAGAAACUGCACCACCAGCGGAUGCAGCAGAGGCAGGGACUCCUCGCCAGAGCCAACAGUCAAGGGGCCCAGUACGGUGCUGAGCAGAACUCUGGUUCUCUACAGAUGCCGUCAGGGGCCUCCCCUUCCUCUCCAGUGGUUAAACCCAAGCGUAAGAGUGCACGAGCAUCUUCGAGAGUGGAGCGUGCGCGGGAGUGUGUGCCCAUAGAGAAAGUGAUGGGCCCCGAAGAGCCCACGGCGAUGCCGGACCCUGCGCUCUUCCUCCACCCUCGACGGCACAGGGCUCGCUCCAGGCAAACUGUGGCACAGAGACAGCCUCCGCUGGGCCUGGAGAAGGAGGAUGAGGAAGGCGGUGGGGAGGGGCCAGUGGAGCCCCAGGAUGAAGCUGCCAGACUGAUGUCUUCAGCUGCAGCGCCACCUGCUGCUGAGGCAAAGGCAGAUUAGCGACUACUGUGACCUGAGCUUUUAACUGCAGUUUGAUCACUGUAUGAUUAUCUUCUGUCAGACUGUUAAUCCUGUUAACUGUUGUUCUGCACCUUGACUGAUACUGAGACUGGUUUUAGCUAUUGAAUUAUAUUACACUUAUCGUAGACACUUUUUUAAGAUGGACUUUGAUAUAACCUUAAAUAAUUUGCAAAGCAAAGUAUCACUUUAAGUCAGUCUUAAGUGAAUUAGAUAAAUGAUCUGUUUACACUAGUGUCUCAUGCUCAAUAUACAGUGGGGCCUUAUUUCAAAGCAACCCCUUUUUGAUUUAUGGCGAUGGUGAGUCUGACCAUGGUAGCAACCAUUUAAGGUGGACCACAAGGCCGGCUGGGUGGCCCAACCAAGUGUGACCUUUCAAGGCCAACCUUAAAUCAACCAUGUGACCAAACGUUUGCGUGGCCCCUGAUUGAGUGACAGCUGAAAUAUCAGAAGUGGCGUUCAUGUCUGUGUGUCCUCCAUGUGAAAAAAUAUAGAUUGGAAGGAAGUGUGUUCCUGUUACUUGGGGGAAAAAACAACGACAACAGAUUAGAAACAAUAGAAUUUGAAUCCAUGACUGCUGCAUAUCACUCUAUUAGGUCAUAUAUCGAUCAAUCGUAUCUGUAUUACACUUUAAACCAUUUGCCACAGAAAAUAUUAUCUGAUUUGCUGAAAGGAAUUCAUGAACAUAAUUUAUCAGGACACUUAAAUAUAAUUCCAGUAUGGUCUGAAUUUGUGUUUCCCCUAACCUUUACUGAAACCUUUAACCUCAACCUGUUAUCUCAACAACAACUGACCACACGCCAACAUAACGACAGAAGGCAACACUUCAGGAAACACUAUUUGAGGGAGAAACAGAGAUCUGCUGACAGCUGAAACUGUUUCAAACCAGUGAAUAAACCAGUGGUAAAUGUAGCAACAAUAAUUAUGCUUCACCAUGGCCUCAAGUGACUAAAAACAAACUUUAAAAUAGCAAAGUGUAUUACUGAUUAAUUAUUAUACUUUAUUUCAGACCAUAUGAAAAAAUUUCUACAUUUUACAACCAUCAUACGAGCAUCAAAAAUAUAAAUGCAUAUCAUGGUAAACAAAAAAUUAACUCUCCACAUCUCAGUACUUACAUAACACACGUUUUUUGUCAUUAUCUUAAGAAUACAUUUCACUUAAUUUGUGAUUAAUAAAGCAGCUGUUAAAGAAGUUAACUUGCCGGACACCUGAAAACUUUGCAUCUUGAACUAAAUAUUUAGUGUCUAAAAGCCACAAAUUGAGCUCACGCUGUAGUGACUGCCUUGUAUAAACAGGCCACAUUCAGGUGACGAUUUGUUUGAACCGUUGGACCAUGUGUAUCACUCAGGUGUGGUUUGUGUACUAAACACACACACACAUACAUACAUACACACAUACAUACAUACAUACAUACUACUACUACUACUACUACUACUUCAACUUAUUUGUGUUUGAGGUUGUUCAGUUGGGGUUUCUUUUCACCUCAGGAAAAAUGGACAAACAAGAACGUGACUGGAUGUUUUGGUGUUUGAGUUUGAAGAUGGUCUGUUUGCAGUGUGUUCCUUUUUGAAGUUUUUACACAGAUUCCCAAAGUAGCUGUGUUACAGCGCACGCCGAGACAGUGACUGUGUACUGUAAAUGAAGAGAAGGCAGGCUCAGCAGAAAGGUGUGUGUGUGUGUGUGUGUGUGUGUGUGUGUGUGUGUGUGUGUGUGUGUGUGUGUGUGUGUGUGUGUGUGUGUGUGUGUGUGUGUGUGUGUGUGUGUGUGUGUGUGUCCUCUGUUAUCAAAACACAUGCUCAUGGUGGCCCCUAGUGUAACAAGGAGCAAAUAGCACCUUGAAAAAAAGACAAUUUCCACUUUAAUUGAUUAUAUUUUAAUGUAUUUUAUGUUAUUGCUUCACUGUUGUCCACUUAUACCCGACUGUAAUUGCUGCCUUAUAAUAGAAGAGCUGUGGAUAUAAUGCAGUGUGGAAACUUAAGACAUUUAUUUACUAAAGUAUUGUGUCCUUUUGUUUCUGAAACACUUUUCUAAGACUCUUUGGGAUUUGCAUAUAAAGGUUUACUGUAUGUAAUGUGGCACCUCAGUUAUUUUUGAUUCAAAUUUGUGUCACAGUCGGUCUGUACUUGAGCCAUGACGUAACUGAGCAUCAGUCAGUGUCUUUUAAAAUGAGCCCUCCCGUAGGACUGAAUUUAAUUGUGAUUAGCUGCUGUGAGGCUUUUCUCGCCUUCUACAGCUACUGGUUAGAAGUUUAGCGUUAAGUUUUUUCGCAGUAUAUCUUCAAUAAAGCAAUAUAUCAAUAUAUUUAUAUAUUAUUAGUGGGUCACGUCAGCUGGUUUUAAGGACACUUGAGGUGUUAAAAUAGAUUUUAUGAUUGUUUAACUUUGUAUUUUGUAAUGGUUGAGCUCAGUAUGUUUUGCUUAUUGAUAUUUUUCUGAACUGUCUAAUAGAUUGUUUGUUGACUGUCACUGAAUCUUUACAGGAUUGAAUUGUUAUGUUACAGUUAAUAGGAGGCAUAUCCAAGCAAGGAAUUGAUGACAUGCUGCAUGUGAAGCAGCAUUAAGCCAAUGGGCAUAUUAUUAUGCCACAUGAGACUGUCUGGAUGAAAACGAACUAAACCUGUCUUCUUUUUUCUUUUCUUUUAGAAGAAAAAAUGCAAAUGUGACAAGGAUUUUCAUUCACCUGUCAGCUGCUAAAGCCAUUAGCAUGACUGUGUGCACUACUCUUCCUCAAGUUUUAUGAGACAGUAGGGGAUAAAGAUACAAAGCUGUCUUGUUGAGAAACUGUUUUCUUCCUCCCCCAGCAGGCAUCCUGAACUUAGACUGUUAAGACUUCAUCACUCCACAUGUCAUCCAAACGAAGCGGCAGGUAGAUUUAAGUCUCCAUCCACCUUUAAAUAAUCUAAUUAACAUCCUGCAUCAUCUCACAUUUUAGAUGAUCUGUACUUUGGUAAUUAUGUAACAGCUUGAUAAAUGAUCAAAAUACUGGCUGCUGUGUGCGAGGCACUGGUGACUUGUUUGCCUGCUUUUGAAGGAAAAUGCUAAUGAGCCAAAGAGGCCCACCACUAAAAAUUAACAUGAAGACGAAGGGUGCGAUGCCUUAACGAAGAUGUCUUCUCAUGAAUAUUUCAGAGAGUAAAUCUCACCGCUUGAUUUGCUUUUUAUACUUUUCAGACGAUACCACAGUUAAUCUUACAUCACCCUGAACAUAGCAAGAAAGUAGAUGAUUUACUCACACCCACAGGGAAACGUCUUCCAUCCUUUCUAAACGCCUAUAUAAAAAUAACCCUAAUCCUCAUAUUAAUAAUGAGAACAAACGUCAGCAGCAGCGUUUUCAGGUCUCGUCCUUCUGGCUGAGGUCAAAUAAGUUUAUUUUGCAUCUUUGAGAGACAUUUCAGUGUCCUGUACGGCGCCAUAAAGCAUCUUGUUUGACACGUUAUGUGGUCUCUAGCAAUAAUGCUGUGUGGUACCCAACAGGGAGAUGUUGCUCUGGGUCGUUGUAUGGUUUGGUCAUCGGGGGAGCAUAAGCUACUGACUGAUUACCGCAUAUACUGUGUUAGCUUCCUAUAGUGAUCGACUGUACACAUAAUUGGAAUAAAAAGAAGGAUUGUCAA